AGGGACGCGUCCUCUGCCCAAGCGUUGCUGACGUUUGCCAAACCUUUCAACGUCUGGAUAGGUAUUUUAAGUUUAACUAAGCACAUCAUAUGUUAUAGCGAUCUGCCAGUCGAUGACACAGUCGAUGAUGUCGCACGCAACCAUUGGUUAAUGCAUGUAACUUCUGCGCAGGGGAACGCGACCCGAGUAUCGACGUCCUUGAUAACCCGUGAACUCCGUGCCAAGAACAAUUCCUGGAUUCGGAAACUGACCAGGAAAAGUAAAAAGAAGAUUUGCAGUUCAUUUUUAUUCUGAGAAUUUAUUUUAUCGUUUCAGAGAAGACAAGUAUCACUUUGAAACGUUGGAGACUGUGAGGUUUAAAGUCCCGACCGAAAGAGACAGUCUUCCCUCUCCUCUGCACGCGUCGUUUGCCAUGGCUUUGACAACCUGUACCAGAUUUACCGACGAGUUUAAUCUCUACGAAGAGCUGGGAAAGGGAGCUUUCUCCAUAGUGAAAAGAUGUAUGAGGAUCUCCAGCGGACAGGAGUAUGCUGCCAAAAUCAUCAACACUAAGAAGCUAUCCGCUAGGGAUCACCAGAAGCUGGAGAGAGAGGCCAGGAUUUGUCGUCUGCUCAAGCACCCUAAUAUCGUGAGGCUCCAUGACAGCAUAUCAGAGGAGGGAUUCCACUACCUGGUCUUUGACUUGGUGACUGGUGGGGAGCUGUUUGAGGAUAUCGUAGCCAGAGAGUACUACAGCGAAGCAGACGCCAGCCAAUGCAUACAGCAGAUUCUAGAAAGUGUAAAUCAUUGUCACCAAAGUGGUAUAGUUCACAGGGACAUGAAGCCUGAGAAUCUGCUCCUAGCCAGUAAGCUGAAGGGAGCAGCGGUGAAGUUGGCAGACUUUGGCCUGGCCAUCGAGGUGCAGGGAGACCAGCAGGCAUGGUUCGGUUUUGCGGGAACCCCAGGCUACUUGUCCCCAGAGGUUUUGAGGAAAGACCCCUAUGGGAAACCUGUGGACAUGUGGGCCUGUGGUGUGAUCCUCUACAUUCUCCUGGUGGGCUACCCUCCCUUCUGGGACGAAGACCAGCACAGACUGUACCAGCAGAUCAAGGCUGGGGCCUACGACUUUCCGUCCCCUGAGUGGGACACGGUGACCCCCGAGGCCAAAGACCUGAUCAACAAGAUGUUGACCAUCAACCCUGCCAAGAGGGUCACCGCCACAGACGCACUCAAACACCCCUGGAUCUGUCAACGGUCCACUGUGGCAUCCAUGAUGCACAGACAGGAGACGGUGGAGUGCCUGAGGAAGUUCAACGCCAGGAGGAAACUCAAGGGUGCUAUCCUCACCACCAUGCUGGCCACGCGCAACUUCUCAGCAGCCAAGAGCCUGCUCAACAAGAAAGCUGACGGUGUCAAGAUCAACAACAAGACCAAUGUAGUCACCAGCCCCAAAGAGCCCCCCACUCUGGAGCCUCAAACCACUGUUCUCCACAACCCAACUGAUGGAAACAAGGAGUCCAGCGAGAGUGCUAACACCACCAUGGAAGAUGAGGACGUGAAAGCUCGUAAGCAGGAGAUCAUCAAAGUGACUGAGCAGCUGAUUGAGGCUAUCAACAAUGGAGACUUUGAAGCCUACACGAAGAUCUGUGAUCCUGGCCUGACAUCCUUUGAACCAGAGGCCUUGGGAAACCUCGUGGAGGGAACUGACUUCCACAAGUUCUACUUUGAGAACGCUCUGUCCAGGAGCAAGCAAGGGCCCGUCCACACCAUCCUGCUCAACCCCCACGUGCACCUGAUCGGCGAGGACGCGGCGUGCAUCGCCUACAUCCGCCUCACCCAGUACAUGGACGCCAGCGGCAUGCCGCGCACCAUGCAGUCAGAGGAGACACGCAUCUGGCAGCGGCGUGACGCCAAGUGGCAGAACAUCCACUUCCACCGCUCCGGCUCACCCACUGUGCCCGCCAAGUAAGGUGACUAGAGUUGAGAUGACUCCCUAUCCUGCAGCUGUUGCUGAUCUAUGGACCCCGCCUACCAAGUGUCUGUCACAUCCUCAUCCAAUCCCUGCCCAACUCUGCCAUCUCAGAGUGUUGUUUACAUAUCGUCGAUGCUGAACUCAAGAUUCUUCUUGCAAAAAAGAUGAAAAGGAAAAACACAACAAUCUUGACGAUAUAAUUUUAUAUUUGAUCAUUUUAGAGUGAAAAUGUUUGUUGUUUUAUCGCAUUCUUCUGUCUCAUCGCAGGACAUUUAUAACUAAACAUGUAUUUUUUUAAAUUCUGAAACAAUGAUUUCCUCUGUUUGAACAUGUUUUAAGUUUGAGCGUUUUCCCAUGGCAUUCAACCUUCAAUAUUAUCAGUGUCAGGAACAUGCGGUGAACCAAUAGCAAACUCAUCAUAUCAUCUGAAUAUUACACAUCAAUAACUGAAGUGAUAUAGGUUUAGCCUUAAACCAACAUUGCAGUCUGUCAAUCCUUCUUUAAAUGUCAGUCUUUGUGCCGAAAAAUCUAAGAACAUAAGUGAACGACAAACAUGAGCUUGCUUUUGUUUUGGUGUUGUAUAGACUUGUGAUUGACGUGAAUCGCUAUAUCUUUGCUUAAACUCUGGAAUAUUAAACUGUUUAAAUAUGA